GGAAACAGUUCAUUGCGAGGCUCUAUUUAGACGCGUUCCACUAUUCGCUAGUAUGAUCUAGUAAUUUUGAGAUCGGGUGAAAUACAUUUUCUUAAGAAUGGGGGUGAUCGUCGAGAGCAAUGUUUGGGAGCCAAAUCCAGCACUGUGUUUAUUCUUCUUCACAUCAUGUUGCUUGUCAAUCUACUAUUUGCCAAGCAGCACCAGAAGUUCCGCCAUUUUCGAUCACGCACCUUCGUCUUCCUUCAUUCGUUUCCAGAGAAGUUUCCUUUUACUCUAUUCGCUUUCUUCAGUAAUGGAAGGCUUGUUGGCAGUAUUUGGAGAGUACGACUUAGCAUUCCAUGGCAUUAGUAGGGAGCAGAUGGUCAUCUCUCUAUGUGUUGGAUACGCAACUGCUCUCUUUGUCGGUACCUUUUUGGGAAUGCUCUCGGAUUUGAUUGGCCAGAGAAAAGUCAGCUUGUUAUUUUGCUUGCUGCAUCUUUUUGUUGCCGUAUGGAGGAGGGUUACUGGACAUCCAAGUAUUUGGCUCGCUAGCAUCUGUCUGUCUCUUGCCUCUACAAUAUUUUUCUUCAACUUCGAGACAUGGAUGGUUGUUGAGCAUGAUAAGCUUGAGCAGAGGCAGGAUUCAGUGAAUGACAUGUUUUGGUUAAUGACUUUUGUUGAAUCUGCAUCUUUCAUUGGAAGCCAAGUGGUUGGUAACUGGUUAAUUGGUGGUCAUGAAAAGACAACUUUGCUUGCUCCGUCCAGUGCAGUGGUAAUAAUGGCUCUUAGUGCUCUGGCUUAUGUCAGCCGAGGAUGGAAGGAAGAUCCAAAAUCAAUUAUUCUUAGAGAAUAUCAGACUAAAUUUCAUACAUACAUAAUCAGUGAUAAAAGGGUUUGGCUUUUGUCAUGGACCCAAGCUACCAUGCACUUCUCAAUUGCAGUUUUUUGGAUUACUUGGGCUCCAACCAUUGUGGCAGAUGGGAGAGGGGUUUUGCUAGGUUUAGUAUACCCCUGUGUACUUGGUGCGAAAAUGCUUGGAAGCACUGCAUUUUCCUGGUUCUCUAGUGGCCCUUUAUCACUCCGAACAGAGGAGUGCUUAGUAUAUGCCUGUAUUAUUAUGGGCUUUGUCACUUCCGUUGUAGCUUUUGAUUAUCAGGAUGUUGAAAUUCUUUUGAUGCUAUUCUGCAUAUUUCAUGUUUGUGUGGGAUUGGUUUUGCCUUCACUUGCCAGAUUGAGAACCAUGUAUGUGCCUAAUGAUCUUCGAGGAGGAAUGAUGAGUUUAUCUAUCGCUCCUUCGAACGCGCUUAUGUUAUUCCUUUUGAUUCAGAGAGGUUUUUACCAGAAUAUUGAAAAUUCAACAAUUAUAGCUAUGGCAGCUCUUGGUCUUUUUUCUGCAGCUGGAUGCAUGUAUAUGUUAAAGCGGCUUGGAAAGCAACCACACCAGAACUGGCACAAAUUAUGACCCCUUCCAUUUGUUUUAAACUUUUGUAUCCAUGUGGGUGUAUCCUGUAUAUAGCCGGCCAGUUAGUUUAAAGAUAAAGAAACAGUAGCCUUGGAACGUGAUGAUGGGUGCAAAUUAAGUAGCAUGCUCUGCAAAUAUGGAAAAUCAAUAAAGAGCUGUAGCCAGUUUCAAUGUUCAGUUAUUCUCACGUUGCUUAACCAAUCAGGUCCAGUGGGAGAUCUCACUAUGGAGUUCAAUUUUGCUUUCGAGACACUUUGCAGAUUGAUGCCCUGAAAAGGCUAAUUAAUACUUUGCUUCUAGUAAGUAUUGUGGAGAAGUGUAAUACCAGAGGAGUAACAGAUUACAUGGUGGCUUAGUUUGCAUGAUUUAACAGCUCUUCAGAAUUGUGAUGGUCCACGGAAAGUCUUGUUUCAUAUUCAGAGAUCACCAAAGAGUAAGAGAAAUUUCUCUUCUUUCUUAUCAUGGUUUUUUUAAACAGGCAGACAUGAUCUCUAUAUCAUGGUGAUUUGUCCUUUAAUUAUUUGGUUGGAUUGCAGAUAUUAUAAUUUGAAGAAAGAUUACGUAAAGAAUGAUCUCACCUAGGGGAAUCUUUUGAUGUAAAAUAAAUUUGGUGGGGUGCUUGUCUUGGAAUGUAUGUGCCAACAACAUUUCAGUUUCAUUGAAAAUGGAUGAGGCUAACGUAGCACUAAAUUCUUUUUCUUUUUUUGGGUGUGUGGGUAUUAGCAAUUAAAGUGAUAAAUUUAUUGAAAUUGACAAGUUCUUGGUUGAUAGACUAGAAUUUUAGUAAGUGGAAUGGUUUGUCUUGUU